AUGGACUACGAUAGAUCUAAGGAGAUAAAGGCUUUUGAUGAUACAAAAGCUGGUGUUAAAGGACUAGUUGAUGCUGGAAUUUGGAACAUACCAAGAAUGUUCAUUAGGCCAGCUGAUGAACUUGUUGAAGAGUUGAAUCUGUGCAAGUCAACUCUAAAGAUUCCAGUCCUAGAUCUCAGUGGCAUAGAAAUCCAAGAUCGACGUCAGAAGAUUGUUGAUGAAAUAAGGGAAGCAUCAGAAAAGUGGGGAUUUUUCCAACUGAUAAAUCAUGGGGUUCCUUCAAGUGUUUUGGAAGGAAUGAUUGAUGGGAUUCGCGACUUUCACGAACAAGAUGUUGAGUUAAAGAAAGAGUACUAUUCGCGUGAUCGUAUAACAAGAAGAGUGAGAUAUGAGAGCAAUUUUGAUCUGUAUCAAUCAAAGACCGCGAACUGGAGGGAUACGUUGAACUUUUCAAGGCUAGUUUGUGGUCACAUUGAACCUGAACAAAUACCAGCAAUUUGCAGGUGA